AUGGCGGCGAGGGCGGCUGAUGAGAACAGGAGGCCAGCGGCGGGGAAGCCUGCGCCAGGCGUCCGAGAGAUGGGGAGCCGGCGCGCGCUCACGGACAUCAAGAACCUCGUCGAGGUUGCCCCGUACCCCUGCGCCGUCGCCAAGAAGCCCAUGCUGCAGAAGAGAAGGGACGAAAAGAAGACAGCGUUGCCAAGCAGCCGGCCCAUGACAAGGAAAUUUGCUGCCUCCUUGGCGAGCAAAGAGCAUCCUGAAUGUCAGUCGAUCCUAACUGAUCUAGAACCCGGAGUUGAUCAACAUAAGGAAUCAAUCGGCGAUGGCACCGUUGAUAUCGACGUGGAACUCUACGAGCCGGUCGACGAUAGUGACAGUGACAUCGACAUGGGUGAGACAGAGAACAAGGACAUGAACCAAGAUGAAUCGCUCAUGGAUAUUGACAGUGCAGACUCGGGGAACCCGCUUGCAGCAACAGAAUAUGUUGAAGAGCUUUACAAUUUCUACAGAGAAAAUGAGGCUAAGAGUUGCAUAAGACCUGAUUACAUGUCCAGUCAACAAGAUAUAAACUCAAAGAUGAGAGCAAUUCUGAUUGACUGGCUGAUUGAGGUUCACUACAAGUUCGAUCUGAUGGAUGAGACACUCUUUCUUACAGUAAACAUAAUAGAUAGAUUCUUGGAAAAGGAAGUGGUUCCAAGGAAGAAGCUACAACUGGUUGGAGUCACAGCUAUGCUUCUUGCUUGCAAAUAUGAGGAGGUCUCAGUUCCAGUUGUUGAGGACCUUGUGCUCAUUUCUGACCGUGCCUACACAAAAGGGCAAAUUCUAGAAAUGGAAAAGUUGAUUCUGAACACGCUGCAAUUCAACAUGUCUGUUCCAACACCUUAUGUCUUCAUGAAGAGGUUUCUGAAAGCUGCAGAUGCAGAUAAACAGCUUGAGCUAGUGUCAUUUUUCAUGCUGGAGCUCUGCUUGGUAGAAUAUCAAAUGCUGAAUUAUCGGCCUUCGCAUCUGGCUGCUGCUGCGGUUUAUACUGCACAAUGUGCUAUUAAUCGUUGCCCUCACUGGUCAAAGGGAGUGCUCGAGGAUGAUGGUAGACUUUCACCAGAAGGCUGGAACUGGCAAGCUCACUGGCGUGCACAGGAAGUACAGUACCUACAAGUUCGGGUGCACGGCCAAGACUUUGCCUGCGCAGUUCCUGCUGGAGUCAGGAGGGACACCGCCUCCUUUAGGAAUUUGAAAGCAUACUGGUUCAAAGAAGCGUUGCCUGUCACCAUGAGGGUCAAUAUUGGGCUCCUAGUGCCCUUGAUGGCACAAUACUCCGCACCCAUAUGGGCUACUUUAGUUGCUGGGUUCUUCAUGCUGCUUGCGCUUUCGCUCUCCAUGUACCUGAUAUUUGAGCAUCUCUCAGCAUACAACAAUCCAGAGGAACAGAAAUUUGUACUGGGUGUUAUUCUCAUGGUUCCUUGCUAUGCAAUUGAGUCGUACAUUUCUUUGAUAAAUCCAAAUACAAGUGUUUACUGUGGCAUCCUCCGUGAUGGUUAUGAAGCAUUUGCAAUGUACUGCUUUGGAAGAUAUAUUACUGCAUGUUUAGGUGGGGAAGAUAAAACAAUAGCUUUUUUAAAGAGGGAAGGUGGCUCUGGUUCUGGGCAGCCUCUACUGCAUCAUGCUUCUGAGAAGGGAAUCAUACACCAUCAUUUUCCUGUAAAUUUUGUAUUGAAGCCCUGGAGAUUGGGGACGCGGUUCUACCUGAUUAUCAAAUUUGGAAUCUUCCAAUAUGUGAUCAUAAAGACUCUCACAGCUACCUUAUCUCUUCUCCUAGAACCUUUUGGUGUUUAUUGUGAUGGAGAAUUCAAUUUACGAUGUGGGUACCCUUACUUUGCUGCAGUUCUCAACUUUAGUCAAUAUUGGGCCCUGUACUGUCUAGUAAUAUGGUAUACAGCUACCAAGGACGAAUUGGCACCUAUAAAGCCUCUGGCUAAGUUUCUUUCUUUCAAAUCAAUAGUAUUUUUGACUUGGUGGCAAGGUGUGGUGAUUGCAAUAAUGUAUGCUUUGGGCCUUCUUAGAAGUCCUUUAGCCCAGAGCUUGGAGUUAAAAUCAAGCAUUCAAGAUUUCAUUAUUUGCAUAGAGAUGGGCAUUGCUUCAGUUGUUCACCUCUAUGUGUUCCCAGCCAAGCCCUAUGCACUCUUAACUAAUCAGUCACCUGGAAACAUUUCUGUACUUGGGGACUGCGUAUCCUCUGACCCUGUGGACCCUUUUGAAAUUAAGGAAAGCAACCGGCCUACCAAAAUGAAGCUUCCACAGUUCGAACCAGAUGAGAGAAGCGUGACAAACAUAAAAGAAAGUGUUCGGGACUUUGUUGUUGGCAGUGGAGAAUAUGUGAUCAAGGAUUUCAAGUUCACUGUUAACCAAGCAGUGCGGCCAGUGGAGAAGCGCAUUGAUAAAUUGAUGAAAAAGAAUGAUAAGCGCAAGAAAAGCCAGGAUGACAACUGGGUGAGUGCAGCAACACCAGAGAGACCUGUUCGUGGGAUUGAUGAUCCAUUAUUAAGCGGAAGCACAAGUGACAGUGGUGUCACAAAGGGCAAAAAGCAUCGCAGAGUUGUGAGCUCAGUUGCUGCUGCGGACAGCUGGGGAGGUGGUGAUCAAGCUUCUGAUGGAUAUGAGAUCAGGGGUCGCCGCUGGGCUGUAAAAAGCUAA